AUAGAGCCUUUAGAAGAGAACUGCAAGAAAUGAAGUGGAUGCCUCGAAAUUUCAGUCAUUCCGUUUCCUCAACUUCUGGAGGCUGUUACUGGUGCUAGGUUUAGUAAAAGCCAAUGUCAUCAACAAGGUCCCUUAAGAUUAAGCUAAAAGAAUGGAAGGGAAUUAAAUGUAUUAGCCUGCAGAAUCCAUUUGCAUUGGUUGAGAGAUAGGCUCACCUUUUUGUGGUGUGAACAAAUUGGAAUAAACCCACUAGUUGGGAACGGAGGUAUGCUGCUGGUGGUGGUGUGGUUGGGUCAGCAAUGUGGACUAUGCCAGAUGGUGAUGGAAGGAUAAUGACAUACCAAUUAUCACUAAGGAGGAGUUUCAUUUUUCCUGGUAAUUAGGACAACAAAGCCGCACUGUAACUCCUACUUCAAAGCCUCUUCUACUUGUUUUUAUCAGUUGCAGGUGGAUGUUGAUGCCCUUUCACUGACCUAAUAAAAGGCCUAUUUAUCAGUUGGUUGCUAACAAAUCAUUACAAUCAGAAAAGAAAACCGGGCAUGCGAGUGCUGGACCCAGCAACAGAGAUGAAGCAUACAUAGGCACCUCCAUUGUCUUUGUCUUGAUAGUGGAUUACUAGCACUGAUGUAUGCUUUCUCCUAAAAUAUAUCUUCGCCCAGAUGCCUAAGAUAACUCGGAAUGUUAGGGUGAACCACACUUUCAUUGCUAAACAGCCAUUAAGCUCUUUUACACGAAGGGACCUUGAUUUUGUUUCUUUUACCAAGAUGGAAUAGGAAAGAAUCAUGAGACUUAAAUGAGACUAUGAAAUAGAAGGAUCGUUUCAUUUCAACAACAAAAGAACAUGUUAUAGCCAGCUGCAACUUGGCUAAUAUGAAGACGAAACCAUAAAAAGACUGAGCACAAAUAAAGAAAAUGCCAGCUAGCUUCCUUUCGCAAGAGAAAAAGUGACUUUCGUAUAGGCUUCCUAUACAUUCAACAUUUGACACGCAUAUUGACAACUUUGGAUGAUCCAAGUGUCGUGCGGGCAUCAGUCACGUAGCUUAAUCCAAACUUUCACCAUCUUAGCUUACAUAUCAGGCCCAUGCGCAGUUUUGAAGAGGUCGGACCGACCAUCCCCGCCUCGAAGGCUAUAGGUGUGGCCAUUGAAAGUAGUGUACUGCACAAGUCGUGGCCGGUUUUCUGACAUAUUGCUCCUUACCAAAUGGUUGAAUUCAGAUUAUGGGUAUUAAAGUUUUCCCAUUUUGGUGCAAGGGGUUGCCAUCAAUUUCUGAAGCUGCUCAUUCCAUACACUAAGCAAUGUUCAAAAUCGGGAUUUCGAGAGAUCAUAGGCUUUUGGUUUUGAAAAAAGACUCUCAUUGUGGACACAGCAUUACCAACCCAAUUCAGCUUCCUAUCUUGAAAUCCGGGGCCCCAGGUUGUGAUGCAGUGUGUGGAGUAAUCGUGUACUGAAACCGCAACCAUUAUUGAAAUACAGAGAUACUGUACUAAGCAAAUUAUAAAAAUGUUGACCCAGAAAACAAAAUGGGAUAGCAGAAGCGACCUGUGGAGAAUGCAUGCGCAUAUUGUUUCUAUUUAUGAUAUAGCCAACUUUGAAGGGGCACAAUAAUGAGAAGCAUAUGGGACGCUCGGACGGCCAAGUGUACAUGUCUGUCCGUCAACUAAAGCCUAUGCCCUAUGGUUUCAGAUUCCAGGGAGUUACUGCAUUUGCCUUUGCCUUUGCCUUUGCCUUUGCCUUUAUCAAAGGAUCAAAGGUUCUUUCUUCUUUGUUUUCAAGGGCAUAAGCAUCGGAUGCGGGACCACUGGAUGAGUCAACAGUCCAUAUGACUGGCGGUGCAAGUAACACGGGUCUUGAUACAAUGGGGCUGUGAUGGCAACAAACCAACAAGCGAGUGGACUUCACAUCAGAAACACCAAAGUCAACAGCAGAAGUCUGCCUUAGUGGCAACCUCUUUUUCCUUUUACUUACUUUUUCUUUCUUUUUGCGCUCCGAAACGAAGACUUGAAAAAGUUUGCACACUGAUUCACAAAAACAUAUUAUAGCGUCUCCGAUUCUCUUCUUUUGCUGUCUUUCUUUAUUAUUUAUACACAGGUUUGUAAAGUUGUCUACCCUUUUUUCUUUAUUCUUUUUUCGUUUUUCAUCUCUUCUUUGUGUUGAAUUCUUUGUUUGAAUUGCAACAACGUCAUCUUCAACCAGACCAGCUAGUUUUUAGUUUUGACAAUCGAUCCCAAUAAGGGAAUAACCUGAUCGUGCAUAAAUUUGGGAAGAAAUUGUAAUUUUAUAAAGUGGGUGUAUUUGUAACUUGGAUUGAGUGGCAGCAAGAACUUGAUCUUGGAAAUUUAGUUAGAGGAAGUUGGAGGUGUUGCAGAUUUUAUUUAUGGGUAGGUUAUGCUGUUUUAAUGCCGCCUGUUCUCAGCUUGUAGGAGGAGCUUCCUCUUGUAGCUCUGGUAAAGGAAGAAGUCAAGAGGGUAUGAUCAAGUAUGGUUUCAGCCUCGUAAAAGGGAAAGCUAAUCAUCCCAUGGAGGAUUAUCAUGUUGCUAAGUUUGUACAGAUAGAAGAACAUGAGCUUGGGUUGUUUGCUAUUUAUGAUGGCCAUUUGGGAGAUCGUGUGCCCCUCUACCUACAAAAGCAUUUGUUUUCCAAUAUCCUUAAAGAGGAAGAGUUUUGGGUUGAUCCUGGAGGAUCUAUUUCAAAAGCCUAUGAGAAAACAGACCAGGCAAUUCUUGCUAACAGUUCCAACUUGGGACGAGGAGGGUCCACUGCCGUUACUGCAAUUUUGAUUAAUGGUCGUAGAUUAUGGAUUGCCAACGUGGGAGAUUCACGAGCAGUUCUUUCUAAAGGGGGUCAGGCCAUACAGAUGACCACAGACCAUGAACCCAACACUGAAAGAGGCAGCAUUGAGAACAGAGGUGGUUUUGUUUCAAACAUGCCAGGAGAUGUCCCCAGAGUCAAUGGGCAGCUGGCUGUUUCUCGGGCUUUUGGAGAUAAGAGCCUUAAAUCACACUUACGAUCAGAUCCUGACAUACAAGAUACUACUCUAGAUUUCAACUCUGAAAUUCUAAUUCUUGCAAGUGAUGGCCUUUGGAAGGUAAUGAACAAUCAAGAAGCGGUUGAUAUUGUGAGAAGAAUCAAAGACCCUGAGAAGGCAGCUAAGCAACUAACUGCUGAAGCACUGAGAAGAGACAGUAAAGAUGAUAUAUCUUGUGUUGUGGUUAGAUUUAGGGGAUAAAACCUUCUAAGCCAUAUUGCUUGUGCAGCACUUAUCUGAAAUAAGAAUUUCUUUUCCCGGAUGCCAUUUUGUGGAUUUGAUCAUCCGGGGAUAUCUUCACAAAACCCUGCUUCAAGUCUCAGAAAUUGUUCAAAAAGGAAGGAAAAUUUUGGGAAAGGUUCUUCUGCAAUUUGUUUUCUUCACCAAGUUGUGAACUUCUGGUGUUGAGUAUUAUUUGAUUUCAUUUUGGAAGUGCUUAGGCGAUCGGAUAUACACUAUAUGGUCCUUAAAUUUACCCAAAAGAAUAAACAGUGUGUGUAGAUGAA